AAACAGCUUCCUGUCUCCCCUGGCUCUCCAAAAAUGGCGGACACGUGUGGCCAAGUAUUGCUGGGAUCAGGGCUCACCGUCCUCUCCCACCCUCUGAUGUACAUAAAAGUCCUGAUCCAGGUAGGACAUGAACCGCUCCCUCCAAGCCUGGGCAGGAACCUGUUUGGCAGACAAGUGUACCAGCUUCCCGGACUGUUUGCUUAUGCAAAACACAUCAUCAAGAUUGAUGGCAAAGUGGGUCUCUUCAAAGGGCUCGGUCCGAGGCUCUGCGCCGGCACCAUUGGCACAGUGGUGCACAGCAAAGUUGUGCAGAAAUGUCAGGAACAAGGGGCUCCUCAGCAGAAGGCUGCGGACGGCUCCUUACAGUACGUUGUCAACGAGACAACCAAAGAGAUGAUCGCUCGGUCCUGCGCCACCAUCGUCACACAUCCUUUUCAUGUGAUUACUUUGCGAUGUAUGGUCCAAUUUAUUGGAAGAGAAUCAAAAUACAGUGUUGACUCCAUCGUCACAGUCUACAGAGAAGAAGGCAUUCUGGGCUUCUUUGCUGGGUUGAUUCCUCGCCUGCUCGGUGACGUCUUGUCUCUGUGGAUUUGUAACCUCCUGGCUCAUCUCAUCAAUACAUACGCCAUCGAUGACUCGAUGAGUCACACAGGAGAAAUGAAGAACUGCUCUCAGGCUGUGACAGGGUUCUUUGCGAGUAUGCUCACGUACCCAUUCGUCUUGGUGUCAAACCUCAUGGCUGUCAAUGACUGCGGACUCGCUGGAGGCCUGCCCCCCUAUGCAUCUGUAUAUCCCACCUGGGUGGACUGCUGGAGGCAUCUAAGCAGAGAGGGCAACAUGAGCAGAGGCAACAGUUUAUUUUUCCGCAAGAUUCCAGCAGGAAAGAUGUACGCGAUUGAGCAGAAGAGAUUUUUUUAAAGCCUCUAGAGAACUGAGCUGAACAACGUUGUGAUAAUAAAACAAACCCAAAAAAAUCAACAUUGCCUGAUCGAGGUGGGGGGGGGGGGGUUGGACAGUCAGCACUAAAUCCUUUUUUUUGUAUGCACUUGUUUACUGAUUUUGUUUUUUAACCUGCCAUUAUGUGAAAUUAAAACAUUAAUUUCUGAUAUUUCUUCCUGCAGGUUUUGUUAACUUAAAUUUACUGAUUGAAAGUGAAGGGUUGUAGGAGGAUGAGAUGCAACAUUAUGUCAUUUUUCUUUGUAAAAAAAAAACCCAAAAAAACCCUCAUGUCAAACAACCUGUCUUAAUACUUCUAACCAUGAUAACAAAUGUGAAAGGGCCCCUUCCCACGUAUUUUUAAAAUACAGAUUAUCUAUUGACAAUGACUCCCCUUCAUCCAUGAGAUGGGAUUUGUUUGUUGAACUAGCAUCUCAGUCUGCAUGUGGUAAUGUCUAAUAAUACACGUAAAUGAUCGAGUGGGACCUCUUGUUAUGUGGUAUUUGUCUUGUGUUAAUUAUUAAGAAGCUCACUGUCUGGCAAGCGUGUAAUGUUAAUGAACAGAGGGAAAAGAUGGGAGAUGUCGGUGGUGGUUUUUCUGGAGCAUGUGUGGUGUAGAGGCAGGAAUGCGAAGCCUGAGCUGACCAAAACUCUGGACCGUCUGCACGGUCAAGUGCUUGUAUCAACUCAUUCUGACCGACCCAAAUAAAACAUGCUUUUUGGA